AAGAAGAGUUAAAAAGAGUUUUGAAUCAUGAACAAAGAAGUAAGAACUAUGUCUUCUCACAAACUCUCACGACUCUUCAACAUUGUAACACAGAAUCAGAAAUCUCCGGUUUUGAUCUCAGACGAAGAAGCAGCCAGAAGAAUCGCGGCGUACCUAGCGGAGAAACCAAACAUCGGAAAACUUCAAUCGAAUCCAUCACUUCUCUUCAAUUUGAAUCCAAACGUAACCCGUCUCGUUCUCUCUGAACCUACUCUACCAACUCAAUCAUGCGUCGAUUUCUUCAAGUAUCUCCUCGGAUUCGAAUCCAAUCUCAAACCCGAUCUCACGGCGGUUGUGACUUUAUCUCGCCGGUUAUAUUCUAACCGGAGGUUCAAUGAGAUGAGAUGUUUAUUGAAAUCGGUUGUCACCGACGGGUUUUACGACCGCCCAGUUGAGGGUUUAGGAUCAGCGAUGGGUGACUGCGACGUUUCUGAUGAAAAGUUUGGAUUUUGGGAAACUUUUUUCGAUUUGGUGUUUAGGGUUUAUGUAGAUAACGCAAUGUUUGAAGAGGGUUUAAGGGUUUUUGAUUACAUGGUUAAAAAGGGUUUGAAGAUUGACGAAAGAUCCUGCAUUGUUUUUUUGGUUGCGGCGAAGAAGCGCCGCGAAAGUGAUCUCUGUUUGGACUUUUUCCGGCGAAUGGUUGAUUCUGGAGUGAAGAUAACUGUUUACUCGUUGACGAUUGUGGUUGAAGUGUUAUGUAGAAGAGGUGAAGUUGAGAAGAGUAAGAAACUGGUUAAGGAGUUUUCUCGUAAAGGGAUUAAACCUGAAGCUUAUACUUACAAUACUAUUAUCAAUGCUUAUGUGAAACAGAGAGACUUCUCUGGUGUAGAAAAGGUUUUGAAGGUGAUGAAGAAGGAGGGUGUUGUGUAUAAUAAGGUUACUUAUACGCUUUUGAUGGAAUUGAGUGUUAAGAAUGGGAGAAUGGUUGAUGCGGAGAAGGUGUUUGAUGAAAUGCGUGAGAGAGGGAUAGAAUGUGAUGUUCAUGUGUAUACGUCGAUGAUUAGUUGGUAUUGCAGAAAAGGGAAUGUGAAAAGAGCGUUUUUGUUGUUUGAUGAAUUGACGGAGAAGGGGCUUUUACCGAGUAGUUAUACUUAUGGGGCGCUUAUUGAUGGGGUGUGUAAAGUAGGGGAAAUGGGUGCAGCUGAGAUUUUGAUGAAUGAGAUGCAAAGUAAAGGAGUUGAUAUCACUCAAGUGGUGUUUAAUACGUUGAUUAAUGGGUAUUGCAGGAAAGGGAUGAUUGAUGAAGCGUUAACGAUUUAUGAUGUGAUGGAGAAGAAAGGUUUUGAAGCUGAUGUUUUCACUUUGAAUACGAUUGCUAGCUGUUUGAAUAGAUUAAAAAGGUACGAUGAGGCAAAGCAAUGGCUGUUCAGAAUGAUGGAAGGUGGUGUGAGGCUUAGCACUGUUAGUUAUACUAAUUUGAUGGAUGUUUAUUGCAAAGAAGGGAACGUUGAGGAGGCAAAGAGGCUAUUUUUGGAGAUGGGAAGCAAGGGAGUACAGCCCAACGCUAUCACAUACAAUGUGAUGAUCUAUGCGUACUGCAAGCAAGGGAAAAUAAAGGAAGCCCGUAAACUAAGGGCUGACAUGGAAGCAAAAGGGAUGCAUCCGGAUUCAUAUACCUACACAUCGCUCAUACACGGGGAAUGUAUUGCUGAUGAUAUAGAUGAAGCAAUGAGGCUAUUUAGCGAGAUGGGGUCGAAGGGUUUGGACCAGAAUUCUGUAACAUACACUGUGAUGAUCUCGGGUUUGUCCAAAACUGGAAAAUCAGACGAAGCCUUUGGAUUGUAUGAUGAGAUGAAAAGGAAAGGGUAUACUAUAGAUAAUAAGGUUUAUACUGCACUUGUUGGAAGUAUGCAUUCACCUGAGACUUAGAACAGGAUUAUCAAACUAAGAUUCUGUAUUGGCUGGUUAAUUCUGAGAUCUACCUGUUCGAUGGUUGAAAUCGACAACUUGAAUCAGAACCUAUUCAUUUUUUGAAAUUUUCUUGAGUUGGGAUGGGAAAUGUUUCAACCGUUGCUUUUGGGUAUGUUCAUUUGGCAUCCACAUGAAUCAACCAAGCGACCAUUAAUCUUACGCUGUAAAGAAAACAAAGCUCGACGCUUUUGGUAUAUUAUAUUGAAAUAAAUUGUCUGUUCAUACAACAAAGCCUUUGGAAUAUAGCCAUAUAUGCAUGAAAAGCUCAACUCUUAAGGACUGAGAUGUUGAUUCUGUGUAUAUAACCAUAUAUGCAUGAAAAGUUAGAGAAGCCAGACAUUUAUGAAGCUUGUGAAGUACUAUGGACGAUGAUGUCUUCGAGAAGGAUGAUAUGAUGAACUUAUAAAUCUGAGAUGGCACCAAAAUGAGAAAUUUUAUACUUUCAAAAA